UUUUGAAACAACAAUGAAGCUACAGGUAUUGCUAGUAGGACUUCUUGGUCUCUUGGCUGUGGCCACGGCCCUUCCACAAAAAGGCAAGAAAAAAAAUAUUGAGAUCUGGAUAAGACCGAAGCCUAUGGACAUACCACAACCGCCCUAUUAGAUCAAUUUGGCACUCCCAUCCUCGAUUUCGUAAGCCUUUUCCAAUGAUAGACAUUCUGAUGCUAGCAAUAUAGGUAUUCAAACGGUGUCAGCCACAACGUUGUUCAAGAAAUAAUCAAAUAAAUAAAAAAAACCGUG